CUUCUCCAAGAGCUUUCAACUCUCCCUCCCUCUCCGCCACCUCCUCCUCCUCCCCCGCCGAAGGCAUCUAUGGCUUCCGAAGUUGGCCAUUGCUACUGAAUCUCCGUCCGUAUUCCCUUCCCCCCUUCGACCUAUCCUUCCGCCUUCGCCUCUGGGCUCCGCAUCCUCGAACCAUGGCGUCCCUACUCCGGCGGCCAGGCAACCUUGCUCAAUACUCGAGGAGAGCCGCAGAGUACAUCUACCGCGCAGGACCCCGGUCCACGUAUCUCACCCAGUCGAGGCUCUCGUCUCUGAUCGCGGCGCGCCAAGCCAGAACAUACGCCACGGGACCGAAGCCCCCGAACGGUAACGAUGGCCAGCAGCAACCGUCGAACCAAUCACCCGGGCCCGAAAACAACGACCAAAAGCCCGGGGAGCAGAAUUCGGGGAGUCCGCCGUCGAACCUGAGUCCGGAGGACCAGGAACUGGUGAAUCAUCUCAUAGACCACAUGAAGACCCGGGUCCCCAAAUCGCAACAUCAAAUACUCGACGAUAUGCACAAAUCUAUGAACAAGGACGGUAUCCCGGAAACAGUCCGCGGAUUCAUCGAUCGCUGGAUCAAAGGCGACCCACCCCUCACUCUGAUGGACUACGUGAACUUGGUCUUUUAUAUGUCGAAAUACCAGGCCAACCCCGAUAAUAAGGAAAUGAGGCACCAACGGAAAACAUCGCAGUCGGAAAAGCCGAAUGAGCAGGAGCAGGAGCAGAAGGAACAACAGGAAAACAAGCAUGAUCAAGAGCAGCAGAAGAACGACAAGCAAGGAAAGGAUCAGGGCAAGAGGCCUGGUUUUAAUGUCACGGAGAUCCGCUUCGAUCCCGCCUCCUUCCUGGUCACCUCGCUCCUUACAUACUAUACCUAUCGCAGCAUCUUCCCCGGGGAAAACAACAAAGAAAUCACAUGGCAAGAAUUCCGGGCAGAUUACUUCGACAAGGGUCUUGUCCAGAAGCUGACGGUUGUGAAUGAGAGUCGUGUCCGGGUCGAGAUGAACCGUGAUGCGCUGUCUCGUGUCUAUCCGGAUUCCCCCGCCGUUCAGCCGAUGUUCAACUUCUACUUUAGCAUUGGCUCUGUGGAAAGCUUUGAGCGUCGCCUGGACCAGGCUCAGGACGAAUUGGGAAUUCCUAGCGCCGAGCGGAUCCCCGUCUCCUAUGUCAACGAAGUUUCGUGGGGUGCCACCCUCAUGUCCUUUGCCCCGACUCUCAUCUUGAUCGGUUCGGUCUUCUGGCUGACGAGACGUGCUGCGGGUGGCGGAGGUGGCCAGAGUGGAAUUUUCGGCAUCGGAAAGAGCCGAGCUAAAAAGUUCAACCACGAGACAGACAUCAAGAUCAAGUUCUCGGAUGUGGCUGGAAUGGACGAGGCCAAGGUGGAAAUCAUGGAAUUCGUCAGCUUCCUUCAGCAACCGGAGAGGUUCCAGAAACUCGGAGCCAAGAUCCCUCGCGGUGCUAUCCUGUCGGGACCUCCUGGUACGGGUAAAACGUUGCUGGCCAAGGCAACUGCUGGUGAAUCCGGUGUGCCCUUCUUUAGUGUCAGUGGUUCCGAGUUCGUCGAAAUGUUCGUCGGUGUCGGCCCUUCCCGGGUGCGUGAUCUGUUUGCCAACGCGCGGAAGAGCACGCCCUGUAUCAUCUUCAUCGAUGAAAUCGACGCUAUCGGUAAAUCUCGUGCGAAGCAGAGUUUUGGUGGUGGAAACGACGAGCGCGAGAGCACUCUGAACCAGAUUCUUACCGAGAUGGACGGUUUCAACACCUCGGAUCAAGUUGUCGUUCUCGCGGGUACCAACAGACCUGAUGUUCUGGACAAGGCUCUCAUGCGACCUGGACGAUUCGACCGACACAUCUCUAUCGACCGGCCUACAAUGGAUGGCCGACAGCAGAUCUUCCGCGUUCACCUGAAGAAGAUCGUGACCGACGAAGACAUUGAGUUCCUCACUGGCCGGCUUGCCGCCCUGACCCCCGGUUUUGCCGGUGCUGAUAUUGCAAACUGCGUCAACGAGGCGGCACUAGUUGCUGCUCGACACAACGCGGACCGCGUUACCAUGAAGCACUUCGAGCAGGCGAUCGAACGUGUCAUUGGUGGUCUGGAGAAGAAGUCUCUCGUGCUUUCCCCCGAGGAGAAGCGUACCGUUGCUUAUCACGAAGCUGGACACGCUGUCUGUGGCUGGUACUUCCGCUGGGCUGAUCCUUUGCUCAAGGUCUCCAUCAUUCCUCGUGGUCAGGGUGCCCUGGGCUAUGCCCAGUACUUGCCGGCCAACGGUGACACCUACCUAAUGAAUGUGAACCAGCUCAUGGACCGCAUGGCCAUGACCCUGGGUGGUCGUAUCAGUGAAGAGAUGCAUUUCGAUACCGUCACCAGCGGAGCUAGCGAUGAUUUCAACAAGGUCACUCGUAUGGCCACCGCAAUGGUUACGAAGUUUGGCAUGUCGCCCAAGCUGAAGUACAUCUACUACGAGGAGGACCCUUCGCAGCAGAUGCACAAGCCCUUCUCCGAAGAUACCGCUCGGGACAUCGACAUCGAAGUCCGCAGAAUCGUGAGCGAGGCCCAAGACCAAUGUCGCACUCUUCUCACGGAGCGAAAGAAGGAAGUCGGUAUCGUCGCAGAGGAGCUCCUUUCCAAGGAGGUUCUUGGCCGCGAUGACAUGAUCCGCCUUCUGGGUCCCCGACCUUUCCCCGAAUCCGGCGAGAUCACCAAGUACUUCGACGGCAUUAAGGACGGAGCCACCAUCGCGCCCCCGGAGCCAGCACAAUCCAGCGAAGAGACCCUGGGCAAAGAUGGAAGAGACCAAACCCCUCGACCGACAUAGACGAAUUUGAUUGAUUGCAUCUUUUUUCCAUUCAACCUAGAUCAGGAAAUCUUCACGGCUUUGACGAGGGGACAUAUAUCAAUUUCUUUUUUUUAUUCAUUCCACCAUGGGGCUUUGUACUUAUUUUGUGUUCGAUAUGAGAAGCAUCUCCGUUCUUCUUUUUCCAUCCCUUUUUUUCCCUUCUCUUUUUUACCUCGACGUCAUAACCCGAUUCGCCUUAUAUCUCUCUCUACCUCGAAACCCUUGCCAUCCACCCAUCCGUUCAUAAAUAUUAGGUUUCUGCGACAUCUUUCUCUUCUUUUAUCUGUCUCCCUCUUUCUCGUUUCCCGGUUUGUCCUUCUCCCAUUCCGAACUGUCUAUCUAUCUAUCGCUUGCCGAGGUUACUGCGCUCUGUUGAGAAGCAUUAGGUGUAUUUGUACUGUAUAGUAGGUAGUCAAUUGUUUAUCUUAUUUAAUUGGUUGUAUAAGUGACUAGCAGCACUCGAGAG